AUGUGCGUUCAGAUCGUGGAUCCGUCUCUAUCUUGGGGCGAUGCUUUCUGUUACUGUCUUGAGAACUCCGCUCUUUGCUCGCCUCCUUUUUCAAUGGCUGUGGAGGGGACUCUGCAGGAGCCAGUCGCAUGGCGGGAAGGAGCUACCCAUGUCGAAGCACAAGCACGCAUUCACAUUCAGCACAGGAAGGAGCACAACAGCAAACGCAGCACCGCGUAA